CUCUCUCUCUUUCUCUCCCCCCCUCUCCCUCGACUUGGUCUCUGUCAUUCAACUCUCGCGGACGCUGCGUCUCUCUCUCUCUCCCUCUCCCCCUCCUUUCGCCACCCCUCUCUUCGCUGGUCUCUCUAUUCUUUGAAUAUAUGUUAACAUAAUCGCGUCUCUCAUGUGCUGCCUUGGAUAGCACUGACGAGCGAAUGCACUGUAAGCGGAAGCAAAUGAGGCCUCGAAGGACCCCGAGUCGGACGCGAGUUGACCUUUCGGGCACGAGUCGAUUUGGGAGAAAAAGUUGAGCGUAUGUCGAUAUAUAGCGCAGGGUGGGGAAGCAGCUGAGAACCGAUAAGAAAACCCGGUGUAAACAGAGGAGAGUGAGGCCAUCUUGGAGCGAAAGGGAGACAGAACGAGUGGGAAGGGGAAACACGCGAUCGCGCGAGCAGUAGCUCGACUCCCUCGCGCCAAAAGAGAUUUACUCGGGGAAAGUCGUCGCGAGUAGCAUUCCUGACCCGUUGAGAUUUUCCUUCCGCCGAUAUCUUGUAUAUGGGCACCUUUGUCCGAUCGAUGCCGGUGGGCGAUUCGCGACGAUCGAUGAGUUUCAAUUCGACGUGAUUGAAUAAAUAUCGGAGCGGAUCGGAGUGAGCCAAAGGUGAAAAAGAGUGGGCGGGGGAAAUUGGCGCCAGGAGCAACGAUAUCGGUAUCGGACGGUGAGAAAAGAAGAGCGAAGAAGGACGACGAAGGCCAACGGAAUGCUCGACUUGGAACAACAGGCCAAUCAGACACAGGCAUUGGCCUCGCUCGAUGACGACUGGCACCUGCUCGAGGGUUCUAAGAUGAGAUUGGAGGAGGAUCUGGUGAUCCGCAGGAGCCGACCCACAAUGAUCUCCGCCAAGUAUCGCGCCCGCGAGGAACGCCGCCGUCUGCUCAAGAUAUCCGCCGGCAAGCUGAGGAAGAUCGAGGAUCCUGAGGCGAGCCUUUGCCGAUCGGUUCUGAUAAAUAACGCGGUACGACGGUUGCAGCGUGAAAAUCGGGACGAGAAGACACGGAGUUACGGUACACUUCCAGUGGUGGCAUCGUACAUGGACGACGCCAGCAAGGAAAACAACAUCGCCGGCAGCCUGAUCGACGUAACGGACGAGGAAACUUGCUCCAAGAAGAGGUUGGCCGACGAUUCGAGAAACGACGGACUCAAUUCGAAGCGGCACAGGCACGAUGACUUGGACUUGCAGGACGACGUAUUCAGCGAGUUCUACAUAUUGCCGUCGCCACGUUUACUCUCGCACAUCGACGAGAUUCAGCCAGAAUCAGUAGCGUCGCAUCACAAUGGCAAUCACCAUCUGGGCUUCCCGGAGGACCGGCUGAGCGGUGGGCUGGCUGAUGGGCGAUCGAACGGCACAAGUAGCACCUCCGCGACCACUCACGGCAACGGCAUCGACAGCGCGACAAGCUGCCAUUCCGUGCUCUUCCCCGGCGUCGGAGACCUCGACGACGCGAGUGUGCAACUCUCGAGACCGGGUGCCGACAUGAUGGAGGUGGCCGACGUAGUCGAUCCCGAUCGGCUUUGCGACUUUUCCAGAUUCGCCGACUCGGCAAAGACGCUCGAGGAACGACUGGCCGAGCUGCAAUCCUUGGACGAACAUUUCGACCUCACCAAGUUCGAGCGAAACAACAAUCAGAGUUGCGGCCGCGCCUUCCAUGACAUACAGACCUUCCACAGCUUGGUGCCGGGUCUGGAGACUUAGACGGCGAUACCGUGUUGCCCUUGUCUCGAGCCAACGGUCUUGCGGAACAUUUGCGCCAAUGGCGACAGUGAUGCCGACUUUGCGGCACGCAGAAUCAACGCCUGACGAGGAGUUGAGCGUAAACCCAUCGUUCGCCUUAUCCUCGUGGCUUAUCCACGUGCGCUCGUAGAUGGAAACCGCGUGGUCAAACGAUGCCGACGUUUCAAAUACUCUUAACGAUUGCUUACCGUGGGCAAACAGAUGGGCCAAUUUUUAUGGUAUCUUGUUAUUCGUCUGUUAACAUUAGACUCGCGACAUCAAUUUAAUAAAAGCAAAAACAAGUUUUUUAACUAACAACUUUUUAACUACAAAGAGCGACAUUUUUUAACGGGACUAAAAUAACACAUUUUAAUGUUGAUGAGAUUCAAACGUGCAUUCGAUAUAUAUCUCAAUUUUUACUUUGAACAUUUAAAUUAUACGCUUAAUUAUUAUAUGGAGAAUGUGUAUAUGUACGAUAUUUCGGUCAUAUCGUAUACAUAUGUUGCCUACAAGUCUGACUCAUGUUGGUAAUGAUCCACUUACAGCACUGACUCAAUGUUCAACGCAUACGAGAUACCCAAUAAUACAGUGAACGUACACUACUUUGUAAAUGGCCUUUUUGUUUAGCAGUAAUCAUAUUGUUACUGUUAGUAAGACCGUUUAUCAUUAGUUGAACAAUUUACAUACGUAAAAGAAUCACGAGGACAUUUCCAAUUUUAAAUAUGUUAUCGACACAUACACGUUGUAUACAGGCGAGACCAGCGAUUAGAAGAGUUUAUCGAGAAAAAUUUAUUAUAAAACAAAUUAUUAAAAUGUCUCAAUAGUUAACAAAUUAUUUUUCUACAUUCUUCUAUCACAUUUGUCUUCUUAAUCUUUACUUUGGCAGACAUCAUUGCUGGCUUUGCUCUUGAUAUUGCGCUCCAUCUAUUUAUAACCUGUGGUUAGAGUAUACUGCCUUUUCUAACAAUUUUUUUUUAAGGAAUAAAAUUAAUUCUCUUUCAUAAAUAUUUCAAAUUUACUUUUUUAUAAUAUCAUUUUGGUAAAUUGUUAUAAAUCUACUAGUUGAAGGAAAAAAAAAUAUAGUUGUAAUAUGAAUUUGUUGAAUUUUUACAACUGUCAAUGUCACUGUAAAUGGUGAACUUGUCUUGCGUAAUCAUGAGUCACGUGCCGCCAGGUGUCCUCCGCGUUAUUCGCCCAACCUUGCCCGCGGCCUGAAUCACUUUGCGUCGAAGCACCUCGCAGUGCCGAAGCAUCUUGGAGAUAUACGUACAUACGUGUCUGCAUAUUGUUCUCCACAACAUUCGACACAAACUUUUUCGGCAAUCUUCGGCAUGACACACGCAAAGCGCGCGCGUAUGCACACAUUGUUUGUACAUACACAGAUAGAUUUUUAAUAACAUGUUAAGAAUAUAGGAUGAAUUAUAUCGAGAGAGAUAGCAUACCGAGGUAGAACUAUGAACGCGCGUCGAAAGCAGCUUAGCGUCAAUAAAAUUUGAAAAUAUCGUUUCGAAUCGUAGUCGAGGUGACUACAAUUUGGUCGUUUCUUUGAAUUUUUAUUCAAAGACGAAACAUGAAAGGUUGCGUAAUCUCCGAGGUGUAUAAAAAAUGGCGUUAAACGCACUUUCUUUUCCGCGUUGCGUUCAAAAACACAUUGCUCUACAGUGCUUCUCUCGACUAGCCAUACAGAAAACUUGCAUCUUUGCAAUGCAGUUUUCUCUGUGGAAAAAUUUGAAAUUUAGUAUUGUUAUCAAUAUAAAUUUCGGCACUCUCAAAUGUGAAUGACUGUUUUUAAACGGUGGUUCUAAUGCGGUGCAAUUCGUUCCGGAGCACGUCCUCCGAAGAUCGUCUUGUAAGCGCGACGAAAGACAACACGCUCUCACGUAAACGCCACAACGAGCCUCAGCUGUUGUACGUGAUUGCAACAUUUUCGUUAAUGAUAUUUCUUUAUAUUCGAAAAGUAGACGCCUUGAUAAGCAAUAGUUGUACUUGCCUACUGGUGCUUUCCUCUCUCUUUCUUUCUCUUUCUCUCUUUUACGGAAAAUCCAUCAUGUAUACAUACACAACUAAAGUUAAAGUUGAACGGAAUGAAGGAAUCACAAAAUUUGAGUUUCGCUAAUCUAUUAUAAAAUUAUGACAAGGUUCAAACAUGGGAGGAUAAUUCCGAUUUCCUAUUUUCCGCAGAUACGAUAACGCCAAAUUUGUAUCCUUUGAGUGUUUUAAAAGUAUUUUAUCGGGCGCGUAUAUAAAUUUAAUUUUCGAUGGCUAUACACUUGAUCGUCAUUUAUCAUUUAUAAGGUUCUUUUGCUUCCUGUGAAACGAUGCGUUUAGUAUCUGGCAAAGGAAAAAGAGAACGCGGCGAUCAACGUGGGAGCUCAUCGAGAAGUCACUACCGCGAUAUCACUAGAGAAAACUUUUGUGUUUAUCGCUACAAGAAUAUUUUAUUAUUUUAUUAUCAACCGAUACGGUGAAGCAUUUCUUAAAUUUAAUUAUUGUUAAUAUCUUCUGGUUCUUAACUCUUAAAAAUUGUUUUCCUUUUAUCGAAAUUGAGUUUUCAUUUAGUUUUAUAUUAAGGAAGCGUCUAUAUUAUUUGUAAACAUUGUAUAAUGUACAGACGGUAUAUAUACGGAGCAUUAAUGAUGUCCAAUGCGCCUUGACGUUAAAGAAACCAACAUUUUCUCAUUUAAAUACAACUGCUUGACACAAAAGAAAUAACUGGACGAUGUUAACGCUCCCGAUUAUACAUACAUUGAAGAUAGCUGAAUCAUCAUGUCGAGCGGCCAAGUAUCGUUACGAGUCCUUCAGGAAUUCUUGACGGAUUUCUUUUAGUGCAAUGUCUUCAUUUCGGGUAUUUGCCAAUCCGUUUUUUCACGAUACUUUUACCGGCGAUUUUUACGUUUGUUCAAUUGCUCUGCUCGUGCCGCACGAAUACCUACAUUCUAAAUAAUUUGCGUUACGAAAUUAUUUAAUGCCACGAAACGAUAGGUACGUAUACCGAUGAACACGGUAUUGUUGCGUUCUCUGUGCGAUAUUCUUGUACGCGCGUGCAACGAUUGUAUCAUCUUUUGAAAUAACGCACGAAGAAAGACCUACUGAUUUAUUGGCUGCGUAUGCGCGCAGCCACGUUUUGUUGGUCAGUUUCGUUGGUCGGCAAGCACGCAAUCCUCUCUGUCUCUAACUUAUUUAUCCCUCACAAAAGUGCUAAAAGGAAUUGGAUAAUGUUUCGGAAUGAUUUGUCUCCCAUAUACAUGUCGCUUCUGCCAUCGCAAGCAAGUAAAGUCAUUUUUUUCCCCGAGAGUUUGUAAAAGAAAUUUCUACGUUGUAUGUCUUCUUUGGAGAUACAUAUCGAUUAUGUAGGCAGUAUCCGCUAUAUGAAACCGAAACAAAUUUGGCCGUAUAACUUUGUAGUCCGCCAAUCGAUAUCGUUAUCAGCGAUACUAUUUUCGACAAUUCUGAUAUUUAUGACAAUUGAGAAAAGGAAAAUAUGUUUGAAAAAGCAGGGGAAGCACUAUGUGGGUAGAGACAAUUCCGUCGCAGAGUCUGAACGCACAGACAGAUCCAAACUUCCUUCGAACGCCUGGGCCACGUUUCUGAAAAAUGUGUACAAUGUGUGUCUAGCGUAACGGGUAAGAAUUUACGUGUAUAGCUCUCCCGGCACCUACGCUACACACAUGGCGAAAAACACGGCUCAAUGCGUUUACUUGUAAAUAGUCGCCUUAGCACUACUAAGAUAAUUAGACAUGUAUAAAGUUUCAUACGUUGUUUAGGUUUCUAGUGUCAGUUAUAUCCGAAAUCAGUUACCAAUUAUAUGAACAAAUUGCAAAUAAACUGCAAAGCAACAAUCGCUGUCUCUUUCAUUUCUUCCUCGUGCCGCAAUAUUUCUAAUAAAAGAAGAAGAACUAGAAACAAUAACAAGAUUAUACAUAUAUAUAUAUUAUACAUAGUUUAUUUAUCAUUAUAUAAUUAUCAUCAUGUACAUUAUGUAAAUUGCAAUGGCAGUGGUAAUGAAAUGGGAGGCUGCACACUU